GGCUGUGGCUUCCAUAUGUGUUUGGUUUUAGAGGGGUGUGGUGGCAACCCUAACCUUGCUUGAUGGACUGACUCCUGAGGACAAAUUCAACUAGCUUCAGGAACAUUCCUGGUGCCUUGUUUGGCAGACUUCUGGUUUCGAAUCUGGCUGCCUCGUCAGACCAUUCUCUCUCCUCUUCACUUUGGCAGUUGAUCGGGAGAUUACUGGUUAGACUAAGUUGGUUCCUCCAUUGCUUCUUAAGAUAACUUGCCUCUGCUUUAGGGCUCUUGCGCACGGGCAUUUUUUACUGCGCUCCCCUGCGUUGCGAUUUCUUCCUUUCAGCCGUAAGGGAGCGCAGGAGUAGACGCACUCAAUUAUUGUGAAUGGGGCUGUACUUACACAGACGCAGUACUUCUUAGCUGUCUGACUUCCUGCUCUACCUGCACUGUUGAUCCUCUGUCAACUGAUACCUGCAAUUUGCACACAAGCUGCCAACAAGUAAUUGGAACGUGUGGAAAAAGUUGUUUUUAAAGGGAAGAAUUUUCCCCUAUGAGAGGGAGUGAUGUUGGACUGAAACCCAUACACAAGACAAUCUGGAUUUCUCAGAGCAAUUCACUGGUAUUCACCUAUCCAGUGCCUGAAUGAAGUGUGGCGGGGCCUAAACCCAGUUUAAAAAAAAAAAAAAAAAACUAAGCUCCAAGUGGGCAUGGCUAGAAUCUGUUCACACUCGCACUGCAAGGGUCCGAUGGUAGUGGGAAUCUAACUGGCUCCUGACAGAAACCGGCUUCCUAACGAACGUGGACAUGUAUGUUGCCUGAAUUGCAGUUCCUUCACCCAGGGCCAAUGUGUGAGGUGGGAAUGGCUGAGGAGCUGCUGGGCAGCGUGGAAUACACAGUGGAGCAGGAUGGUCAGCUAACAGACCAUGUGGACAUAAUAGUGCCGAACAGAGAUGGGUGCCCGCUGAGGACCUACAAGCGAAGAUGGUUGGUCCUGAGUGCUGUUUGCCUGCUGAACUGUACCAAUGCCAUGCUGUGGAUGAGUUUCGCCCCAGUGGCUGACAUGACAGCAAGUUUCUUCCAGUGCAGUCUUGAUGUUGUCAACUAUCUGUCUCUCGUCUACCUCAUUAUUUCAAUACCAGUGGGUUUUGGAGCGUCGUGGAUGAUAGAUACUCUUGGUCUAAAAUGUGCUAUAGUCUUUGGCUCAUGGAUCAACAUGAUUGGAAGCAUCAUACGUUGUGCUGCUGUUGUAUUUUACCUUAAUCCCUUCGGCACAUACACUGGGAUAUAUUACUUGUUUACUGGGCAAAGUCUUUGUGCUAUAGCCCAGCCACUUGUGUUAUUUGCACCUGCUAAGCUCGCAGCUGUUUGGUUCCCCGAUCAUCAACGUGCAACGGCUCAUAUGAUUGCUUCUGUGUCUUAUGACAAAGCAUACAUCAUCCAAAUGCUGUGCUUCGGUGCUGGAGUUGGUAUUUUCUCUGCAAUCUUGUCUUUUCUGGAGCAGAUUCUGUGCUUUAGGGGCUAUUCAAAUGUACCGACAAAAAAAUUCAAAGAAGUUGUCAAGAUCUGCUCUGCAUUAACUGCUCUGGCAAGCAUUGCGUUUGCACUGGUGCUUAACUUCCGUGACCAAACCAUUUUGGUGGCAUCUGUAUGCUCUUUGUUCGGAUUGUUUGGGCUUGCUAUCUCUCCAGUCGUGAUGGAACUAGCUGUGGAAUGUACCUACCCAGUCGGAGAAGGAAGCUCAACAGGUUUAAUGUUCAUCUCUGGUUUCCAUGUUGGUGAUGGCUGCUUUGUGCUCCUUUGGCUCCUGCAUCUUUAUCAUCUUCUUUCAUAUGGAGUACAAGCAGCUUCAGACUACAGAAACAAUGGCCAGAUUCAGUUCCAUAAAAAAUGUUUCCUCUGGUUUAUCGCAUAAAAACAUAAGUCUAUGGGGAAAUUUGGAAUUGAAUUAGAAUAUGUAACACUGAAUUAAGCCCCAUGUAUCAGAAUGACAGACGUGUGGAACUGGAGUGUUGGCUGGAGGAGAGCUGACUACUGAUACAGUGGUGUGAAUCGUCCAGGAUACAAGAGCAGCUUUCAAAUGGAGGUCAAUGACUUCUUCAGCCAUAAACAGUUGCUCUAUGCGGUAUGCAGAUUGGAUCCUACUUCACAGGCGCCAGGAAUGCGGGAUCAUCGUUAAUAAAAGCAUAUUACUGGUGUUAAACCACGAACUGUCAAAAUUAUUCUACAACUCCUUUUGCAGCAUAUGGACUUGACUUAUCAUUUACAAAACUUUUUACCUCGCUGGUUAUAUUUCACUAUGUUAAUAGGAUUGUAUAUAUUUGUUUGUGAUGUCGCUGCAAGGAAGGGGCGGUGCUUGAGUCCACACUUCUUCCAAUCACUUUAAAGGUUGUUUUUAGACAUAGUUACAUUAGGCUAGAUAAAAUGUCUUGUCUUAUUUUGUAUGUUUUCGGGGCUGAAUAAAUCUUUUCUGCACAAC